AUGAUUUCUAGAGCGACCCAUUAUGCAGGCUUCCAAAGCUAUGGACAAAAGCCUAUAACGACUCUCAAGCCAGGCCAGAACUCGCUGGAAAGGCAAUAUUAUGAUAAAGUCUCUGGGGUAAAGGAAGAAGAAGGAUAUCUUACUCCCCCCCUCCGUGAGUGAACAAAAAAAUUUUGUUUAACUCACGGAGGGGGGUUAAUUUUGUUUUUAAAAAAAAUUUAUAUAUAUAAAUUUUAUAGAAAAUAUUUUUUUUCGAAAUUUAAAAAAAUCCUAAUUCGCAAAAAUUGGAAAGCAAAUAUUAAUUUAAUUUAUAAAAUUUAUGUUUUAAAAAGCAAUUUGUUAAAAAUUAAACAGAAUUGCUCGAGAUUUCAUUAUAAUAAUUAUCACUUAUAUAUCAAAAUUUUUUCCAUAAAAAAUUUGUUCUAUUAAAAAAAUUUUGUUCACUCACGGAGGUGGGUUUUUGAGCAAAAAAUAGCGAUUUUUCUAAUGGUUUUGUUACUCACGGAGGGGGGGGGAGUUAGCAACUAUGACAGGUGGCAUUCGGUCUAUGGGAGCAGAAUGAGCGAUACUGUCACUCCUGUUGACUACUUAAUAAGGCCAAGAAAGCCUGUAUUCGAUAAAACUGGAAAGUUCAUUGUCCAGUCAGGCCAAGAAGAAAAAACAGAGCCAAAUCCACAUAUGACAAGUCAUUGGCGUACUGUUUAUGGUGGAGAUUUCGAAGGAAAAUCGCUUAACUCAAAAGCAAAGAGACCAGAGUGGAGCUAUCACCAGGAGCCUCAUAAAGUUAGAAUGCCAGCUGAUUUUUAUCGAUCAAAAUAUUCUUAA